AUGUCGGUGUAAAAAUAUAUAAUCGGCCUGACUAUUUUGGUCCUAUUAACCGUCAACUCGACUAUACUCGCUAAUGGAGCUUUUGAUACCUAUGCUGCGGCCAAUAAGUCGCACAAUUUGACGGUUGGCUCCAGGAUGCCCGGCGAUAGGGUCGUCCUCAAAGAGAACGUCGUCAAGGGCUCUACCUAGACGAAAAUUGUGACUGUUGAGAAGACCUUCAAUGUCUCAAAGUACGAAAGUAUCACUAUGGUUCAAGCAUUGGACCAGAAGACGGAUGGAAAAGGCGCGUUCGCUAGUAUUCUGAAUGGUGGACCUGGACACAACAACGUCACCAUAAGGUUCAAGAGCCAGAGGGGUCAUGGCAUUAACUUCAUCGUUCAGUUGUGUGCACGACCUUAAUCAACCACAGUGGAAGCAGCUACUCCUAUUGGUGUGACGAUUUCUGGAUGCAAUUGGGAUGGAGAUGUAAAAUAAUCUUAGAAGUCAAAAUCAAUCCAGUAUACCCUGAGCUAUUAAUUCUUGCAAUACUGUCACCCCAUUGUCGCUAAAGCCAUGUC